CCAAAAUUAAUGUAAAGUUAAAAAAUAAUAAAUUCUACUAUAUGUGAUGGGAUAAUAUGAUUGUGGACAAACUGCACGUAAAAGGAAGUUGGAUUAUAUCGUAAGGAAAAUAAUGUAUCAUAAUGAAACAGUAGUUAAUUGUUUAAAGAAUAGAGUUAGGAAAUAAUGAAUUGUGAUGUACUGUUUUGUGAUUUCUUCAUAAUUCUUAUGUACUUUGAUGACAUAGGGGAUAUAAGGAAGAGUAACGAUGCUGUAAUAGACUCUGGACUUCAAACAAUGAACUAGCUUUGUGCAAAGUCCCUGUGGAACUAAUAUAUAUGUGAGGGAAAAUAGACUUAAAAUCUUUUUUUGAGUGAGAGCUAAGCAUCUUGUACAUGACACUUUUGAGGUCAUUUUAAUUUGCAAGUUGUAAAGAAGACAUAACAUUGACUUUGACAUGAAACAAAGAAAAGGAUCGUACAACAUCAACAUGCCGGGAAGGAAAUAUGAAGUUGAAAAUCAUUCCAAAUAUUGGAAAAGUCUCUGCUGCUGGUCUGUGCAAGAUACUAAAGAACAAUGUGAUACUGCUCUGAGCUUAAGAAGUUACAAGAAGCAAAAUAUGGACGGCCAGUUGUACUGUGAAGCUCAUGUCCCUAUCGCAAAGCCGACACUCAGUCCAGAAACAGAUGACAAGACUCAAGCCUUAUUUGAGAUGCUGAUACAGAUUCAAGAAAAGGGCAGAAUUGAUGAUCAACGAUGUGACAUGCCCAAUUUAAUAAAGAAUUCACCAUGUGUUACUCCGACUGAACAGAGGAAAUCUUUUGAAACUCUAGAAGAGGUACUAAGGAAACCUGGUCCUUAUCCAAUGAUAGUCCUGCCAGAGAAUGGUGGAUAUUGGAUUGAGGGCCAUGAUGAUAAGAGUCCCUUCUAUGAGGAUGGUUCACGGAUGGGCUCAGACCCCAAUUUGUCUGCAGUCCUGAUAGAACAAAAUGAGGUAGCUCAUUGCUAUAGGGACCAUUUUCUUAGGAAGGAACAUUUUGAUUAUUAUUGCCUUGAUGAGAAUGUUGGACCUAUUGUUAUGUCGAUUAAAGAUGAAAGCACAACAGAUGUAGAACAACUUAGAGUUAUCUUGAGGACAAAAGCUUCUACACAACAAAAACUGGUUACUAUGGAGGAGGUCGAUAAUAUACCAAAUCCUGUUAAAGUUGCUAAGUGUUUGUGUGAAGAAAUAUCCACAGAACGAUUUCAUCCAGUUCUUUCUACAAAAGGAUCACAGUUAGUAGUGGGCUAUGAUGAACAUAAUAUAACUAACAAUUAUAAGAUUGGUAUAAUAUACCAAAAAUUCCACCAGACAAAAGAGGAAGAACUAUUUAGUAAUGUAAAUCACAGUCCUGCAAUGGAAGAAUUUUUACUAACAAUCGGUGAUCGAGUUAAAUUAAAAGACUUUCAAGGAUUCCGUGGAGGUUUAGACAAUGUUCAGGGCCAGACUGGGGAAGAAUCUGUUUAUACUCAAUUCAAAGAAAGAGAAAUCAUGUUUCAUGUGUCAACGCUGUUACCCUUCACAGAUGGGGAUCCACAACAGUUACAAAGAAAAAGACACAUAGGCAAUGAUAUAGUAGUGAUAGUGUUCCAAGAAGAAAAUACUCCAUUUGUGCCAAAUAUGAUCGCCUCACACUUCCUUCAUUCCUUCAUAGUGGUACAACCCAUUGACCCUAACACGGACCAUACCAAGUACAAAGUGUCCGUAGCAGCAAGGAGUGAUGUACCACGGUUUGGACCAAGUAUUCCUAACUCAGCAAUAUUUGACAAGGGACCAGAGUUUAGAGACUUUUUGUUGACAAAGAUAAUUAAUGCAGAAAAGGCUAGUUACAAAGGUGAACAGUUUUCCAAGCUGGAGGAGAGAACUCGAGGGGCUCUGUUAGAAUGUUUACAUACAGAACUACACAAAAAGAACAUAGAAUUAUUUGGACUGUCCAUGGUGCCAGGAUUUAAACAAGAGAGCAGCAAGCUGAUUGGUUCAUUUAAACGGGUAUUGAGUAUGGGUCGUAACCAGAAUGAAUCAGCAUCAACCAGGAAGUCUAAUGGGUCAUCAUUAACCACAGUAGGAGAGGAAGAAAAACCUUCUAGUCCGAAGAGAUCCCCAGCAUCCAGAAAGAAAUAUAAUAGACAGUCAAGUUCUAGCUCGGAAAAGAAACAAAGAGAUAAAACAACCAUGGUCCAAAGAAGUAUAGACAGUCAAAGUACACAGUCCUCCUACAAAACAUGUAGUGCCCCAUCUAGUCCACAAUCUAGUCCAAGUAGUACAGCUUCAGCCCAGAGAGUCAGCGGUAACAAUAUCCAGAUCUCACCUUCAAAUUCAGAGAGUUCGUUUAACAGUAUAGACGACUACGCUCCUACCCAUGUCACACAUAAUCAUGAAGACUCAGACACAGGAAUGUAUUUAUUACAGGAGAGUUUGUCGUCUGCUGGCACCCCAAACAAUAAUUAUAUUAGAUCAGAAGAUGGAUUGUACACAGAUUUAGAUGGGAAUACUCAACAUCAUGAAAUCCUACGAUAUGAAAUACACAAACUAAAAACCGAGAGGGCAGAAAUAUUGAAACAUAAUAAGGCAUUACAGAGAGAUUUAAAAGAUUACAAAGACAGAGAAAGGGGUUUAAUGUCCCAACUCAUGUUAUCUCAACUGGAAAACAGAAGAUUGUCACAGGCUCCUAACAUUGAAAUCAGUUCAGAGGCUACUGUGUAACAUUUCUGUAAAACCUUUUCUGAUUGGCUUACGUAAUGGCAAGUUCUGAUUGGCUAAAUAUGUAAUUGCAAGAACUUAUGGAGAGUGAUCAGAUUUUUGUUUCUAUGAAAUGUUUCAUUCCCCUGAAACAUAUGAUGAUACUGACACCAAAGCAUUUAUUUGUUAAAUGUGUUCUGAUUGGAUGUUGUUUAGUGUGAUAAUUCCAUCCAUUUUAUCAAAUACAUCCAUAUUGGUAGAUUCUGUUACUGAAAUCCAAACUGUCAGCUAAUCAUACAGUCUGAUACUGUUGUCUGGGGGAAUAAAAGAUCAACAAAACUUGCCUGCCAGAUGCUUCCAUUUGAAUGAAUGAGUUGAAAUAUAUAUGAUUGAGUCUUUGUUCAUGUCUUUAUUACAGCAUGAAAAACUUGGUUAUUCUUUUAUAGAGAAAUACAAAUAUGAUGAAAUCGUUUUUUUGUGUCAAACUCUUCCGUAAUCCAUAGAUUUGAUAUUAUUUAUCAGUCCUAUUUCGGAAAGAUUCCAUUUGUCCUUCGUUUUACAAGUCAAGCGACAUGAAUUUAAAAGAAAGCUUUCGUUUAUACUUAUGAUCAUUACAAAAAAGUGCUAUGUAUUUUGUGUAUCUAAUAAAUCAAUGGUUACAGAUUUUCAAACAUAUAAAUUUUGCUGAAUAAAGUUCUAUUUAGUAUAUCAACUUCCAAAACGAUAUAGGAAUCACAAAGGAAAAAAUAAUGUUAUUGAAGAAGAUGGUAGCAAGUACUAUUCUUUUAAAUUUCACUUAGAAAUCAUGGAAGUCUAAAUAGUUCUGGAAAAUUACGUGAGAAAAGAAGAUUAACGCAAAUCAAGUCUUGUUCCAUAAAAUCAUAUAUGCUACUAAUUGAAGUCAUUAAAAAAUAACAUCUUCAAGAAUAUAUUUCUAUUUUAUGGUUUGAUCUGCAUAAAUGUGUUUCACUGGACCAAAUGGUCAGAAUACCAUCUCUAUCUUGGAUGUGGAUACAAAAACAAGAAAGUUUUGAUGCAAGUGUCAAAAUGGUCAAAUUUGUAUUUUUUUUUUUUAUCUGGCAUACGAUGGUUUACAGAUCUUAAAUUUUUUGCAGGUUUUAACAUUUGUUUAUUUUCAAUUUUGAUAAUUCAAAUCACUGAACAUAUUACGUAAAUAUAUCAAAAAUUUAUGUCGAGAUUUUCAUUAAUAUGGUUAUAGAUUCUAAAAUUUCAAUAUUGUCAACUUUUUAAAAGGAAUCAAUUCAAUAGAAGUUUUAAUGUCAUGUGAAAUUAGAUAAGCUCUGUGGAAACUGGUAAUAUAAUAUAUUUUAUAUCUUGGAACAGCUUGUACUGAUUUUGUUUUUGCUCAAAGAUUUUGAGUAGAAGGUGCUAUGACUGCCUGAAUGUGCAAUAUCAAUGUAUAUAGUAUUAAAUAAUUUAACAUUGUUGUAUAUAUUAUUAUUAUAUUUGUUUCUCAAUGAUAAAUAAAUCUAGUCUCUUACAA